AUGUCGUCCAUCAGGACCGUAUUCGUCUGCGGCGCCACGGGAACCCAGGGAGGAGCGCUUGCGCGGCAACUCAUCCCCAAGGGCGUCGCGGUGCACACCAUGACGCGGGACCCAUCCUCUGCGGCCGCCAGGGAGAUCGAGUCCCUGGGUGUCAAGCUGUUCCGGGGCAGCUUCGACGAGGAAGACGUCGUCAAGGGCGCCGUGCAGGGCGUCGACGCCAUCUUCCUCAACUUCAUGCCGGACCUCAGCAACCCGCAGGGCGACGUGCGGCGGGCGCGCUCCAUCAUGAGGCUGGGCAGGGAGGCGGGGGCGCGGCACGUCGUCUACAGCAGCGGGGCGGGCACCGACAGGCUGCAAGCGCUGCUGCUGGACCAGCCGGGCGCCGAGAGGAGCCUCCGGAUCGCGGGCGGCUUCUUCAACGCCAAGGUGGACGUCGAGAACGCGGUGGCGUCGGCCGGGUUCGACACGUGGGCGGUGGUCCGGCCGGCCUUCUUCAUGUCCAACUUUGUGCUGCCAAAGGUGGCCAUGUACCCGGGCCUGGCCGAGACGGGAAUAGCCAACACCGCGUGGCGGCACAACACCCAACUACCACUCGUGGACGAGGUGACGAUUGGCGUGUUCGCCGCGGCCGCCGUGCUGGAGCCCGAGCGGUUCCACGGGGAAAAAGUGGAUAUCGCCGACGAGCUGCGCACCGUCGACGAGUGCCUGGCGAUGCUGGGCGACGCGGCGGGCAGGGAUCUGAGGCUGGUGGAGCUGACGGAUGACGAGGUCGAGGCCCGGAUAGCUACUAACCUGUUUACAGCCGGGGAGGUGCUCACCAGGAGGCUGACCGAGUGUCUCGACCUGGACGUGGUGAGGCGGCGGGGGCUGCCGCUGAGCUCCUUUGACAAGUUUCUGCAGAGGGAGAAGGAUGCCGUCUUGGCUACUUACAAGAAUGCGCCGCCAAAGGUCUAG